UGAGUCCUACUACACACUGGUGUCUGCAGCUGUCCACUGAUAAACAUGAUUAUCUGGAUCCUGCUUGCAGCUGCACUUCUUGUCGCCCUUUUCCUUCGCUAUCCUUACUUUAUCCAGGAUGUCCGAUUCCUGCGGGAUCGGUUUAAAGCAAGGGAGCUUGUCUUAAAGUACAAGCAGACCAACUACUCCAUCCUGGACCGUUUUUUUGAGGUGGUGAAAGCGCAGCCACACAAACCCUUCGUGCUUUACAAAGACGAGACGUACAGCUUCCAGGACGCGGAUGAGCUGAGCAACAAAGCCGCACGAGUUUUCCUGCAGAUCGGACUCAAAGAAGGAGACAAGGUCGCGUUGUUUCUCAGAAAUGAGCCCAUGUUCCUGUGGAUGUGGCUGGCCUUGGUGAAGAUCGGAUGUUCCGGUGCUUUUCUCAACUACAACAUCAGAUCAAAGUCCCUGUUGCACUGCUUCAGCUGCGUCGGAGCCAAGACUCUGGUUGCAGCUGGAGAGUUACAGGAUGCUGUGGAUGAGGUCCUGCCCACUCUGCUGGAGCAGGGGAUCACUGUUCUCACCCUGGCUGACCGAACCGAAAACGCACACAUGCAGAGCUUCAAAGAAAAAAUGAACCAGGCCCUCUCGGGGCCUUUACCCAAGGGUUUAAGGUCACGUGUUAACAUGAUGAGUCCUGCAGCCUACAUAUACACAUCAGGGACAACAGGUUUACCUAAAGCAGCAGAGAUCUCUCACGCCAGACUGUGGUUCAUAGUUUGCUUCAUGUCUAAAAUGGGAAUGACCACCAAAGAUGUGAUCUACAUCAGCCUCCCACUCUAUCACACUGCCGGCUUCAUUGGAUUCGCUUCAGCCAUUGACAUAGGUAUCACCGUGGCUCUGAGGGAUAAAUUCUCUGCAUCUAACUUCUGGGACGACUGCAGAAAAUAUAACGUCACUGUCUUUCAGUACAUAGGUGAAAUCAUGCGCUACCUCUGCAACACACCAAAGAAACUCAAUGAUCGAAGCCACAAAGUGAGACUUGCGAUAGGCAACGGGAUCAGAGCUGAUGUUUGGAGGGACUUCAUCGACAGGUUUGGAAACGUCGAAAUCAAAGAGUUUUAUGGAGCAACUGAGGGGAAUUUCGGUCUGGUGAAUUACGUCGGCAAGAUCGGAGCUGUUGGCAGACACUUCUACUACUUAAAGAAGCAUUUUCCUUACGCUGUGAUCAAAUUCGACAUAGAAACAGCAACACCUCUGAGGGAUUCUUCUGGUUUCUGCAUAGAGGCUGACAAAGGUGAGCCUGGACUUCUGGUCACUGAGAUAUCACCGUGUGCUCCGUUUGGCGGUUAUGUUGGAGACCUUCAGCAAACUGAGAAGAAGAAGCUGCGGGACGUCUUCAAGAAAGGAGACUUGUACUUCAACACUGGUGACCUGCUGCGCAUUGAUAAAGAAAAUUUUUUCUACUUCCACGAUCGAGUCGGAGACACUUUCAGAUGGAAAGGAGAGAACGUGGCUACAACUGAGGUGGCUGACAUCCUCACAAUGGUCGACUGCAUUAAAGAAGCCAACGUGUAUGGAGUCACAGUGCCAGGUCAGGAAGGGCGAUGUGGGAUGGCUGCUGUCACGUUAAGAGAUGGACAGAGAUUUGACUCCGCUGCUGUUUGUAAGCAAGUCGAAAACUUCCUGCCCAGCUAUGCGAGGCCACGUUUUCUCAGGGUUCAGAACUCCAUGGACAUUACAGGCACCUUCAAGCAUUUGAAGGCAAAAGUGGUGGAGGAAGGUUUCAACCCAAAUAAGAUAACCGAGCCACUCUUCUAUCUGGAUGAAAAAGUCAUGGAUUACGUCCCACUUACGCUGGAUAUAUUCAACGGUGUUACAUCAGGGAAGAUUAAAUUUUAAUUCUACCUCUCCUGCUGGCACUGUGACACAUCAAGCCACUGCGAUGCUGAGCUCAUUUGAGAGGCUGCUUUCUGAUGAACUCUUGUGAUUUUAUUUUUAUGUGUUUACAUAUGUUCUUCUACUUCAUCAGAAAUUCCACACAUAUCCAUAAAUGACUUAAAUUCUCCAGAGAGCAUGUCAUAGCCUGUUGCACUGAGAGGGCAUUGAUUUACUUGAAGCAAGAGAGCAAGUUUUUCCAGUUGAGGAAAUGGCUCCUCACUCAAACUGUGACUUCAUGCUGCGUACCAUUCUGUUCUGUUGAGGCUAUUGUCAGUGCAGGAGCUGGAAUCUGUGCCUUGUAAACAAAAGAUGUCUUCUUGUAUAUGACUGUUGAUCGUUAGGCAUUACGUCCCUCCCUUUCUACAGGGCUGAAUGAUUGGAGGAAAAUAAUUGAUACAGAUUUUUUUCUGAUGAGUACUGUGAAUUGUAACUAUUUUCUUAAAAUUAAGUGCUGGACUUUUUAGUAAUCUAUAUACUUUUUACACAAACUUUUAUUGUAGCAAUCAGAAAUAUAAAUUCCUUGUGUUUUUUCUUAAAUAGAAAAAUGAACUUGUUACUUAGAUCCCUAAAUGUUACUUGUCAUUAUAGCUAGUUAUAUCAACAAUGGCUGUCUAAACCUACAGCAUAUUAAAGGAGUACUUCACCCAUAAAAUCA